AUGUCGAACAGUGGGACUAUAGCGGUGCCGCAGGUGAAAACAAGCACCUCGACAACCUCAAAAACGUCCUUCCAUUUUGCUGCUGGUCUUUGCUCUGGCCUUACAUCUUCCAUCCUCCUCCAACCCGCUGAUCUUCUCAAAACCCGAGUCCAGCAAUCCCAGGGAGCCGCCCUCCUCCCAACAUUGAAAGCCAUCAUCUCCUCUCCGAACCCAAUUCGUGGAUUAUGGCGCGGUACACUCCCUUCGGCACUCCGCACUGGCUUCGGGUCGGCGCUAUACUUCACCAGUCUGAACGCGCUGCGCCAAGCCGUUGCGCAAACCAACCCUCUGGCUCUAGCCAGUCCGGUAACAGGCGCUAGCUCAUCAUCCGUCCUUCCCAAACUCUCCAACACAGCCAAUCUCACCACAGGAGCUGUUGCAAGAGUCGCCGCAGGCUUCGUGAUGAUGCCCGUUACCGUGCUUAAAGUCCGGUACGAGUCCGACUACUAUGCCUACCGGAGUUUGGUAGGUGCAGGACGGGAUAUCAUCCGAACUGAAGGAAUGCGUGGGUUAUUCGCAGGGUUUGGCGCCACAGCUGCCCGCGAUGCCCCCUAUGCGGGCCUCUAUGUUCUCUUCUACGAGCAAUUGAAGCGACGAUUCGCUUUGAUGGCCACAGCUCCCUCUGCCAAUGGCGACAAACCAGUGACGGGUGUAUCCUCCUCGUCAAUACACUUCGUCUCCGGUGCAGCCGCCGCUGGAAUGGCGACUGCAAUCACCAAUCCUUUUGAUGCCGUGAAGACUCGGCUGCAGCUGAUGCCUGCCAAAUACGGAAAUAUGGUGCAUGCUACGCGCCUGAUGCUCCGCGAGGAUGGUAUGCGCAGUCUCUUUGGUGGACUCGGUCUUCGCAUGGCCCGCAAAGCCAUCAGCUCAGCACUAGCUUGGACCGUUUAUGAGGAGCUCAUCCUACGCGCCGAGAAGCGGUGGGAGUCAAAUCACCAGAUCGGACUUUAA